AUGAGAGUGCUUGGUUUAUUACUAUUUUUUGGGCUAAACGUGGUUCUAGCUACGCAGCCACCUUGCGUGCUCCUCAAUGAUGGUAACAAAAUGCCCAUGAUUGCCUUGGGAACCGGCAGGGGUACCGCAAAAGAGACAGACACAUUAGAUGAUGUUCGCAACGCGGUGUUCUGGGCCAUUGAGGCUGGCUACCGUCACAUCGACACCGCAGCUGUUUAUGGAGACGAAGAGCAGGUCGGACAAGGCAUAGCUGAUGCUAUAGCCAAAGGAAUCGUUACUAGGGACCAGCUGUUUAUUACAACUAAGCUAUGGAACGAUAAACACGCUCGCGACCAGGUGGUCCCCGCUCUGAAGGAAUCUCUCUCCAGGCUCGGCUUAGAAUACGUCGACCUCUUCCUUAUUCACUUCCCCAUCGCUACUAAGGAAGAUGGAUCUCCAGACAACAUUGACUACUUAGACACGUGGAAAGGCAUGGAGGAAGCGAAGCAGCUCGGUCUGACCACAUCCAUUGGAGUGUCCAACUUCAACAUCUCGCAGAUCGACAGACUGCUUGCUAACAGCAAUGUACCGCCUGCUGUUAAUGAAUUUGAGGUUAACCCAACCCUCACCCAAGAGCCACUGGUCUACCACUGCAUGUCUCACAACAUAGCUGUGAUGGCAUACAGUCCCUUCGGUUUCCUGGUCUCUCGCAACCGACCUGAUGCUCCCCCUCCCAAAUACGAUGACCCAAUCAUCGGAGCCAUCGCUGCUAAGUACGGCAAGAGCCCUGGACAAGUUGUACUCAGAUUUGCGAUUGAACGUGGUCUCGUCCCAAUCCCGAAGUCCACCAAUCAGAAACGAAUUGCUGAGAACAUCAAUGUCUUCGACUUCGAGCUGUCCGCUGAGGAGAUUGCAGCCAUCGCCAGCUUUAACAAAAAUGUUCGUGUCAUUGAAAUUGACGGCUGGAAAGACUAUCCUAACUACCCCUUCUAA